AUGCCGGUUCUGACGAGCCCCGACAUCGCCAACAAGUGUAAGGAGAAAUGGCAAUCGGUUUACCCGGAGGAGCAGGUCAUCGGGUCCGACUCUGCCCCCAUGGACGACAGCCUCACCAGCCUCCACUGGCUCCAGAAUUUCUCCAUCCUCAGCGCGGACCCGGAGCGACACAACGGAGCUGGACCGGGAUGCCCGUCCUCCCAGCAGCACCUCUUCCUCAAGCGGCUCGGCUUCCCCAGAGGUGGCACCGACUCUCCGUCCAGCCCGCCGGCCGGGGACACCGCCGCCACCGGGAUGCCUCCGUACCUCGGGAGCCCCGUUACCUCCGGCAGCGACUCCACCGCAGCACCGCGGUUCGCCAGCUGCGCGCAUCCAGGGAACGGCUACCCACAGAUCCCCAUCCAGGCCAGCCCGCCUGUGGAGGUCGACUACAAAACCAACCCUAAAGUCAAACCGCCCUAUUCCUACGCCUCUCUCAUCUGCAUGGCCAUGCAGGCCAGCAAGCAGCCCAAAGUGACUCUGUCCACCAUCUACAACUGGAUAACGCAGAAUUUCUGCUACUACAGACACGCGGAGCCCAGCUGGCAGAACUCGAUUCGUCACAACCUGUCCCUCAACAAGUGUUUCAAGAAGGUCCCCCGACAGAAAGACGAGCCGGGGAAGGGAGGCUUCUGGCAGAUCGAUCCACAGUAUGCUGACAUGUUCGUCAACGGCAUCUUCAAACGCAGGAGGAUGUCUGCUAACCACUACAACAGCGGCAGUGGCCCCCACAGAGAGAGCAAACUGGUUCAGGGUUAUCACAGCGCCCAAAAUGGCUUCCCUUACCAAGGGGUGGGCGGCAAACGGAAGCACCUGCCCUCCAAAAACAACAGCAAGGCGAUGAGAUCGACUGAGUCUCCUCUACUGGCGACAGAGGCCCACAAAGCAGACAUCCUGAGGGGGGACUUUGACCUGGCGUCCGUCUUCGAUGACGUUCUCAGCGGGAACUGUAGCACCUUCGAGGAUCUGGACAUCAACACGGCGCUGAGCUCCCUGGGCUGCGAGAUGGAGGUCUCCAUGCAGGGGAGGCAGCACUCGGCGGGGCUGGGGAGGUGGUGCGGAGGAGGGGACAUCAUGGGUCAGAGCCAGCACCUGAACCACCACCAGUCGUACGGCUACAUGGAGCUGAGCGCCGCUUCCAUGGAUUGCACGGUCAAUAUGGGGGAGCUCCACGUGCCGCAGCAGCAUCCGCAGCAGCAGCUGGACCAGGAUCAGCUGCUCCAAAGCCACCACCACCUGCAGCAGUUCGACGAGCCCUCCGCGCUGUUCCCGGAGCAGCCCGAGGAGGCGGUGCUGCAGCCCUGGGAGGAGAUCAAAGAAGAGGCGCAGGCGAUUCCUCUGACUCUGGAUCAGGGCUUCGGCCUGUGCGAGGGCUUCUUCACAGAGAUGCAGCCAUGGGAACGGGUGGAGGCCUAUCUGUGA